AUGCCCAACGCGACCGAUACCGCUCAAACCGAGGGUGAGGGCCCAGAGGGUUCAGACAAACCGCCGCAUGCCCGUCCCAAUGGUGCAUCUCGUUCACGUCGCGCCUCCGGCCACUCCGUCCGCAAUGGUGCCCCAACCGGACCGACCACCAGUGUUCCACUCCCUCCCCCCGACACUCUUUCAUACGCCAAGCAACCCGGCCACACUCGCAAGAGCCUGGAAGCAAUCCAUAAACUCGAUAACCUGGAGACGCUCAUCGUCAACGGCACUCACCUCAAAGGCGAUUCGUCCUCCACGACGGGCUCGAUCACCCCGUCUUCGAGCGAGUCGCCCUCGCCGUCUGAGUACGAUGGCAGUUGGAGCGUUCCGUCCACUCAGCCCCCGAGCCGUGCUGCCAGCAUGUCCGCCGGAGUAUCUGGAGGCAAGCUCAACCCUCCCGUCGCCCCCAUGUCCAAACUUGCCUCCAAGAAGGACCCGCCACCUCCCACGGCCCCUCGGAUAUCACCGACUACCUCCACCGGCGAUGAAAGGGUGACACGCAAGGGGCCUCCUUCGGUGCAUUCCGAUGGUGGUCAGAAGUUCACGCUCCGGGAUCUGCUGGGCAGUGCCCCCAAGCUCGUGCGCAAGUCUUCCGCCCGUUCUACCGCUAGCAGCAAGAAGUCCGAUUCGGACCGUGGCGGCAAGUCGGAGGCUGGAGGCAGCACCGCCAGCUUACUCAAGAAGUACGGUGUCUGCGGGAAGGUGGCUAUUGGCAAGGGUGCUACCUCGGUCGUCCGUCUCGCGCACAAGUGGGACCGGACCGAGGAGAAGCUCUACGCCGUCAAGGAGUUCCGCAAGAGGAGAAAGAACGAGUCAGAGAAGGAGUACGUCAAGAAGCUCACGGCGGAGUUCUGUAUCUCGUCGACCCUGCAUCACAUGAACAUCGUCGAGACCGUUGACCUCGUCCAGGAUGAGAAUCAGCACUGGUGCGAGGUUAUGGAGUUCUGCCCCGGCGGCGACCUGUAUGCUGCCAUCAAACGUGGUGGCAUGUCUCCCAGCGAGGUCGAAUGUUGCUUCAGGCAGAUCUUGACUGGCGUCGGCUACCUACACAGUCAAGGUGUGGCCCAUCGUGACAUCAAACCGGAGAACCUGUUCUUCGAUAUGAACGGCCACCUCAAGAUUGGCGAUUAUGGUGCCUCCACCGUCUACCGCUUGCCUUGGGAGUCAACGAUCCACAUGUCGACAGGGCUCUGUGGCAGUGAGCCUUACAUUGCCCCAGAGCAGUUCCUAGGCAAACCCUAUGACGCUCGACUCGUGGAUAUCUGGGCGUGCGGGAUCGUCUAUUAUUGCCUGCACUUCCAGGAGCUCCCUUGGACCGUGGCCCAGCAGUCGGAUCAGCUCUUCGCGGCUUACGUCUCAGCCUGCAACACGCCCGCCCAGUCUGCUUGCCCUCCGACUAUCAACAACCUCUCUCCACGGGCGUGUCGUCCACUUAUCCGGAAGAUGCUGGAGCCCAAUCCGAAGUCACGUAUCCUCAUCGACGAUAUCCUCAAGGAUAAAUGGAUACAAAGCAUCGAGGUCUGUCAUCUGGUGCCCAAGCCGACUCAUGUCCACGUGAACGCGGCUGCCAUGGCCCACGCACAAGUCCACGGUCUCUGA